AUGAAGGAAAAUUGUUCGAGACAGAAGCGUUAUGGGUGCGUAAAUGCGACUGGUUGCUUCAAUCUUUUAUGGACUUUUGCAAGCCACAAUGUCAAUUACAGCAAUUCAACGACUUUAAACGUCAAGUUUGAUGGACAUUUGGAUCAUGAUUCUGUUCAAUACCUUUUAACACUUGCGAUUUUCGAGUGCAACUCGAAUGACACUUGCAAUGUCGCUCACGGGACUCCUACUGACUAA